AUGGAUGGCAAUAGUAGAAGAGACAGGCUCGAGGACUCUUCCUACGAAGGCUCCGAGCAUGCUCCGUCCCUUAGCUGGGGAUACAGAAGCACAACCACCGACGAUGAACUUGAAUUGCGUGAGCAGCCGGUCAGAGAGCCCGACAGCAAGCCCUCCGUUGAUACGCUUGGGGUUAGCCAUCCAGACAACAUGAUCCUCUUUGCUGGGCUCGGAGACGGCAUCUAUUCUCAAACCGAGAACCACUUCAAAUACCCCCGUACUUUAUCUGGACUCACAACUUCAGACACAAAUCCAGAACCUUUCAGCAUGGAAUUCGAUGGCGCCAAUGACGGUGACGAGCUUUCCGGCACUAGCCGGCGGUAUGAGUGUGCCCAGUGCCGCAUGCUCUUCAACAGCACCUCCGAACUCAGGGAACAUGCCCAAGACCACACUUGCGUCUACCAGUGCCUGUAUCCAGGAUGUGGCCGCAUUUUCGGGCUCAUAAGUUAUCUCAAAGGACAUACAGCCGACAAACAUGGCAUCUGUUUGUAUGGCAGAUGCGAAAAUAGCCCCGUACUCUGGGCCUGGUGCCAACCUGGAGCCAUGAUAAAACAUAUUUCGAAAGCGCACCCAAUCGUCGCUCUUUGCGACUUCGGCGAACGCUGGGAGACAGCCGACUCUCGGCAUCUAAUCGAUCCGCAUGUGGAAGAAAUCGUCGCGAAUUCAUGCUCUAAAAUCGCCUACACAUUCGAAAGAGUCUCCAAACUGGCUGAUUCCGAACUGACAACCACGGAAAGGGUUGGCUACAGACUCUGUACUCAGAAAAGUGGUUUCAACCACCAUGACCGAAUGAAGCUGGCAGCUCUCCAAAGUGACAUUCUUAACCAAAUGAACCCGGCAGCUCUCGAAAGUAACAUUCAUGAUGACCUCAAAGAACAAGCGCCAUUUCUACAUGUACUCGAAGGUGUCCCAAAGCACCCUAGCCAAACAAGGCAAGAUCUGUUGUUGCUAUACUUGAAAGAAAAGUAUGGCCUUGGCCUAAACAUGGUCAAGAAUAUACGAGGAAUUCCUGAUCAAAUGAAGAGAAUUAGAACGUGCCUGAGAAUCGGGCCUGCCGCCGAGCCCGGCCACACGUCUGUUGUGGUGGGCCUGGAAUGGCCGCUUCAUCGCUUUCUGCAAACUCAAUUUGUUGACUUUGAGUCUAGAAAGCAGCCAUUUAGGUCUCUCAUCACGUUGACCGGCUCUGCGACUGACGCACAGGCCCUUACUGUGGGCGAGUAUCUAUCGCAGACCUGGCCCGACAUUGCAGACAAAAUCCUGCAGCUGUUGCCAGCCUCGUUAGAGCCACAUCUCGGCCACAUAUCUCUCCGACAAGCUUCGGUCACCCUUGAUACAAGUGUCCAAGUCUACUACGAAAAGGACCACAUCCUUGUCAGGGGAGUCGGCAAUACCGAGGUCAUCACUCAAGUUGUGCAAGCAUUUACUUGGAUCGCCUGUACCGCACGAGCCGGUCCGGCCAUCAAGGGCGUCUGGGAGUGUGUUCCAAUUUUCGCGCGAACCAAGGCCGCCAUGGUCCGACCCGGCAUUCAACCAUUUGUCGUGCACUUCUUCACGAGGUCGCUACCGCCGACAACACAGCCUGGGAAAUGCUGGCAGCACAUGUUUCAAGGCGCCGUGCUGGCAGCUGGAUUCCCCAUACCGCAACGGGCCACUCUAGGACUGGGGCUGGAGAUGCCGCUCAACAUGGUAGCAGAGCUCGCGGGAUCGCGUCGACUGACUGAAUGGGACGACAAGAUCUUCAUAAAGGGAUAUUCGACGAUGCUGGUUGCGAUCAAAUCAGUGGCCGACGUUCUUGUGUGGCACUACUACUACGCUCAGCCAGGCAAGCGAGUGGCGUACAUGGACUGUACGGAACAAGUUGAGAGCGUGGAUAUGGCGAGAUUUGGCGGCUUUCGUCAUGUAGUUGGUUGGUGCUCGAGUAGCAAGUACUGCGCUGGAUCCCCGGAUGCCAACUACAACAUCCGCGGCACGCAGUUACCCCGCCCCUCUGCUGGUCUUUUCUUGGACAAGGUAUCCAUCUCCACGGGCAGCACCAUUGCUGGCGGGGCCAUGUUGACACCAGGCACUAAGGAGCGGCCGCCACAUCUUACAAGAAACGGUAUAAUUCCUAACCUUCGAUGGCUGUCCAAGAAAUAUGUCGUGCUUUGGGAUGAGGAGGCGAAGCGGGGAUGGCUUGUCAACGGGACCAGCGCGCUCCUUCAUAUUAUACGCGCCUCAUUGGCAUCCUACGAGAAAGAUGACUUUAGCCCUUGCUUCAUGUUUGACGGGAGCAAGAUGAAUAACCUGCCGCAGAACCAGUACAGACAUAACACGGCCAUUGGUGUCCUCAUCGAUCAGGGCAACCAGAGACUCCGUCUCUAUCCAAACCGCACCACAGAGCAAACAACGUUGACAGACAGCGGAAUAUUGACACAUACGCAGACAUCUAGCUAUUUCCUCUUUGGCGAUCUCGUUGAGCAGCAUCUCAGCGCGCUGGAGAAGAUUGUCGACUUUCACUCGAACCUCGCCGGCCGCGACGGUGUCAACCUCAAGAUGCACUUGCGAAAGCACCUCGAGGGUUGGGAAUUUGCCGAUUUGACCAAGGAACACGAUCUGAGGCCGCGCGUCGCCACGCUGGGAUUUCUCGGGUACGGCUGGGUGGACUUUGUGCGCGCCAUUGGCGCUAUUACGCUCUUUGGCCGGGGAUUCGGCGAGCUCCUGCAGCCGACGAACAGCGGCGCAGCGGCAGCGACAGCGGCAGGCGGCCUGUGCGAACGAUGGAGCAGCUUACCGACGGGGAACUACAACCUAGCUGCCAGCGUCGCGGACCUCAUCGACAUCAUGGAGCAGCACGGGGACGCCCACGCCGCGCCACGGGAGCUGGCGCGCGGCAUCGCCUGGCGCUCGCCCGCCGACACGUACGCGGCGUGUCCCUGCACGCGACCGCCGUCCGAACAGGGUCGGGCCGACUGCCACGUCGCCCCCAUGCAGGUUCUGCAGCCCAGUAGCGCCUCGCGCGCCGCGCCGGGCCACGUACCGCCAACAGACAGCGAGGUAGAGUCAGAGCCUGACGGCGCCGUCAUCUUUGGGUACAAUGUCACUUUUGGGUACCGCUGGCCGGAAAGGGGCACGGAUGAGGUGCCGGCCAGGGACUUUCGCAGGCAGCUGCGCAAUAUGCUGCCCGUGCGACUCUUUAAACAAUCGCAGACGGAAGCUGAAGGAGAGUCACCGGACUCUGAUGUCGCGUGA